UUUACAAAAAAGGAUAUAAACAUGGUUUGGUCGUAGUAAUUAAAUUAUGUUUGCUUUUAGAAUCAAUACAUUGGUUAAAUAUGUUCAAUACUACAUCGAUGAAUAAGGGAUCAUCGAGUGAUCGAUAGUACAGAAUAAACAUCGACUUAGGGUCCGGCGCUAACCAGCUGUCCCUAUUAUUUAAUACAGGCACAUUAUUGUUAGCCCCUUUCGAUUGAAGAAACUUGAAUCAAAUAUCGCAGCUUAAGAUGGCCAAGACCCCGGAAAACAUAGCGCUGGAUCAGCUGGACAAGGACCAAAUGAAGACGUUCUCCGACUUCCUGAUGUCCUACAACAAGUUGUCAGAAAUGUGCUUCACAGACUGCGUACGUGACUUUACAUCACGGGAUGUCAAGGACUCUGAGGAGAAGUGUUCGCUAAACUGUAUGGAGAAGUACCUUAAGAUGAACCAGCGCGUAUCGCAGCGUUUCCAGGAGUUCCAGGUGAUCGCCAACGAGAAUGCCUUGGCCAUGGCCCAAAAGACUGGCAAACUAUAGGUGUUCUAACUUUAGCUAUAACAAUCUUAACUAGUUUAGACAACUGAGAUGAUGCAUUUUUCCUGCAUUUGUCAAAAUAGCUGAGUAAAGAAAUGAGUUGACUUUUUCCCGAA